AUGGACACAAACACACACUGUACAUGUAUGGACACGCAUGGUACAUGUAUGGACACACAUGCUCCAUGUAUGGACACACAUGACUCAUGUAUGGACACGAUCCAUGCAUGCACACGCACACACGAAGCCCCCUCCCCCUCGCAGCAGCUCCAGCCCCCCCGGUGGUCGCGGGGGGAGGGGCCACGCCCCCGGCCCGUCUGUCACUGUCGCUGUCGCUGUCACCGUCACCGGUGCUGUCGCGGCGCCCACGCGCGACCCACGCGGGGAGGGGGGAGGGGUUUUUUUUGAGGGGAGGGGGGGAGGAGCAGCCCCGCGGGGCCGGCGGAGCCGCUGCCUUCGGCCUCAGCCGCCUCUUCCUCCCCGUCCUCCUCAUCCCCCUCUCCCCCAUCCUCGUCCCGAUCCUCCUCCGCUCCGGUCUUCAUCCUCCUCCUCCUCUUUGCCCCUACCCUCCUCUUCCUCCCACCCUCCCCGUCGCCUCCAUCCUCCUCCUCCUCCUCUGCUCCAUCUCCCUCCUCAUCCUCCUCCUCCUCCUCAUAAUCCCCAUCCUCCUCCUCCGCUCCAUCCCCCUCCUCAUCCUCCUCAUCCCCAUCCUCCUCUUCCUCUCCGUCUCCAUCCUCAUCCUCCUCUCCCUCUCCCUCCCCACCCUCCUCUCCCUCUCGCCUUCCCCGUCGUCUCCAUCCUCCUCCUGCUCCAUCCCUGUCUUCCUCCUCCUCCUCCUCUUCUUCCUCCUCUUCAUCUUCCUCCCCCUCGGUCCCCGAUGGGACCCCCCGCUCCGGCCACGCGGCUCUUGCCCCCUCGUUCUGGCGCUCGCAGGGGUGGCCCGCGGCUCCUUCACGGUCACGGCCUGGCCGCGCGUGGCCGUGGUGGCCUUCGGGGGCUCGGCCACCGUCAACUGCAGCCGCAGCGCCUGCCCGGGGGGCAACGCCACCCUGGAGCUCCACACCCCCCUGGCCGCGACCCCCGGGCCGGGGGGGCCGCGCUGGCAAAGCUUCCUCCUCCUCAACGUGUCCCGCUGGAGCCCCGGCCCCGUCACCUGCUCGGGGAGCUGCGGGGACACCCGCGCCGAGGCCAGCGCCGACGUCCUGGUCUACAAGCUGCCGGAGCGGGUGGCGCUGGACCCGGUGGCGCCGGUGGCGGUCGGGGACAGCCGGAACGUGACGUGCCGCGUGCUGGAGGUGGCCCCGGUGGGGAACCUGACGGUGACGCUGCGGCGCGGCGGGGACACCCUGAGCACCCAGAGCUUCGGCCGCGCCCCCGGCAGCGCCAGCGUGGCCGUCACCCACCUGCUGACCGCCACCCCCGGCGACCACGGGCAGGACGUCACCUGCCACGCCGAGCUGUCCCUCAGGCCGCACGGGCCCCUCUUCGCCCGCGCCGCCGCCCCCGUCACCCUCUCCGUGUUCGCCCUCCCGGAGCCCCCCCAGCUCGAGGCCCCCUCCCUGCUGGAGGUCGGUGCCACCUCCCGCGCCCGCUGCCGCGUGGCCGGCGCCUUCCCGGCCGGGGACACGCGUGUCACCCUCGCCCUGGGCCGCGAGACGCUGAACGCCAGCCUGGAGGUGGCGGGGGACGCGGUGACGGCGGUCACCGAGCUGUCCCCGAGCCGCCCGGGCCUUGGGGACAUCACCUGCACGGCCGCGGUGGCCUCGGCGACGAGGACGGCGCGGAGGACGCUCCACGUUUACCGAUUCCCGGCUCCCACCCUGGAGCUGCUGCCGCGGCCGGCGGCGGAGGGCGCGGAGGUGACAAUGACGUGCCACGCGGGGGACACCGAGCCGGCCGGGCCGCUGCUGCUGCAGCUCCUGGGGUCCCACGGCGAGGGGGUGCUGGCGGAGGGGCCGCGGUCCCGCGUGGAGCUGCGCGUGGCCGCCAGGAGGGAGGAUGACGGGCGCGAGCUGCGCUGCAGGGCCAGCCUGGCCGUGGGGGACAGCGCGGUGACAAAGGAGGCGGCCGCGCGGCUCGUCGUGCACUAUCCCCCCGAAUUGGGGGCCGGCGGCUGCCCCGCCAACCGCACGUGGGUGCGGGGGGCGCGGGAGUGGCUCUGGUGCCGCGCCACCGGCAACCCCGCGCCCGCCGUGGUUUGCGCCCGCGCGGGGGUCCCCGUGGGCACCGGCGAGCCCGAGCCCGUCACCCGCGAGCGGGCGGGCACCUACGAGUGCACGGCCACCAACGCCAUGGGGACGAGCAGCCAAAGCGUCACCGUCCGCGUGGAGUACGAGCCCACCCUGUCGGAGCGCGGGUGUCCCUCGCGCCGCGUGUGGGUGGAGGGGCAGCGGCGGGACCUGGAAUGUCGCGCCGAGGGGGACCCCCCGCCCAGCACCCGCUGCGCCCGCCGCGGGGACACCCCCAGAGUUGCCCGGGGACACCCCCAGAGUUGGCCCCGGGGACGCCCCCGCGCCCGCCCCACCCGCACCCGCGGCACCCGCGUGGUCUCCAGGGCCGACGCCGGGAGCUACCUGUGCAGGGCCACCAACCGGCACGGCGUGGCCACCAGGGAUGUCGUGGUCACCGUGGAGUACCAGCCGAGCAUCCCCGAGCGGGGCUGUCCCGAGCGGCGCCUCUGGCUCGAAGGGACCCCGGCCCGGCUCAGCUGUGCCGCCACCGGGAACCCCCCACCCCGGGUCACCUGUGCCAAGCUGGGGGACAGCCACGACCACCCCCCGGUGACACCCAACGCCACCCACCCCGAGCUGGGGGACAGCCAGGACCACCCCCCGGUGACAGCCAAGGAGGGGGGGGACACGUGGGACCACCCCCUGGUGACAACCGAGGAGGGGGGGGACACGUGGGACCACCCCCUGGUGACCCCCAAUGUCACCCAGACUGAGCUGAGGGACACUCAGGACCCCCUAGUGACCCCCAAUGUCACCCGGACCGAGCUGGGGGGCACCCGGAACCACCCCUUGGUGGCCCCCGACGUCACCCGGCCCAAACUGGGGGGCACCCAGGACCUCCCAGUAACCCCAAAUGUCACCCGGACCGAGGUAGGGGACCCCCAGGGCCCCCCCCGGGUGCCCCCCACCGUGAGCCGCGCCCACGCCGGCGCCUACCAGUGCCGGGCCAGCAAUGCCCACGGCUCGGCCGUCCGGAACGUCACCGUGGCCGUGGAGUUCGGCCCCUCGUCCGUCACCCUCCGCGCUGUCCCCUCUUCCUCCGUCCCCCGGGGCGGCUCCUUCAGCCUGGACUGCGGCGCCGAGGGGGUCCCCGCGCCCACCUUCGCCUGGGCCGCGCCCCCCGCCCCCAACCUGCGCCUGGGCCCCGACAACCGCUCGGUCACCGUCACCGCCGCCACCGCCGCCAACCGCGGGCUCUACACCUGCACCGCCAGCAACCGGCACGGCCGCGGCGCCCGCAGCGUCCUGGUCAGCGUCGACGAGACGUGGCUGGUGGCCCUGGUGGCCCUGGGCUCGCUGGGGGCGGUGGCCCUGGUGGCCCUGGCGGUGGCGGGGGGGCUGUACCUCAAGAGCACGGCCUGCAAGAAGGGCGAGUACAACGUGCGCGACGCCGAGGGCUCCUCGGGGGCCGCCUGUCCCCUGCACCGGCACCGGCACCAGCAGGACCCGGGGGACAUCUUUGGCAUCCAGCUCAGCCCACCCUGAGAGGGACCCUCAGGACCCGGGGGACAUCUUUGGGAUCCAGCUCAGCCCACCCUGAGUGCCACCACCCCCCAAAACUCAGGACCACAGGGACAUCUUUAUGAUCCAGCUCAGCCCCCCCGAGAGGGACCCUCAGGACCACCCCCUGCCCACCAGGGACACCCAGCAGGACCAUGGGGACAUCUUUAUGAUCCAGCUCAGCCCCCCCUGAGAGGGACCCUCAGGACCACCCCCUGCCCACCAGGGACACCCAGCAGGACCACGGGGACAUCUUUGGGAUCCAGCUCAGCCCACCCUGAGAGGGACCCUCAGGACCACCCCCUGCCCACCAGGGACACCCAGCAGGACCACGGGGACAUCUUUGGCAUCCAGCUCAGCCCUCCCUGAGUGCCACCACCCCCCAAAACUCAGGACCACGGGGACAUCUUUGGCAUCCAGCUCAGCCCACCCUGAGAGGGACCCUCAGGACCCGGGGGACAUCUUUGGGAUCCAGCUCAGCCCACCCUGAGUGCCACCACCCCCCAGAACUCAGGACCACGGGGACAUCUUUAUGAUCCAGCUCAGCCCUCCCUGAGUGCCACCACCCCCCAGAACUCAGGACCACAGGGACAUCUUUAGGAUCCAGCUCAGCCCACCCUGAGAGGGACCCUCAGGACCACCCCCUGCCCACCAGGGACACCCAGCAGGACCACGGGGACAUCUUUGGGAUCCAGCUCAGCCCCCCUGAGAGGGACCCUCAGGACCAUGGGGACAUCUUUGGGAUCCAGCUCAGCCCACCCUGAGUGCCACCACCCCCCAAAACUCAGGACCACGGGGACAUCUUUAGGAUCCAGCUCAGCCCACCCUGAGAGGGACCCUCAGGACCACGGGGACAUCUUUGGGAUCCAGCUCAGCCCACCCUGAGUGCCACCACCCCCCAAAACUCAGGACCACGGGGACAUCUUUAUGAUCCAGCUCAGCCCACCCUGAGAGGGACCCUCAGGACCACGGGGACAUCUUUAUGAUCCAGCUCAGCCCACACUGAGUGCCACCACCCCCCAAAACUCAGGACCACAGGGACAUCUUUGGCCUCCAGCUCACCCAGGAACACCCAGGACCAUCCCCUUCCUGGUGGGGACCUCCAGGGACCCCCCCCCAAAAUCCCCCUUGACCGGGGUUAUUGGGGGUUACAACGUGUGGGGACACCGAGGGACCCUUCAGAGCCCCCCUUCCCCAUCCCAGGGGGUUU